GCUGACGGAGACUCGGAUCAGGCGCGCGCUCGAGGAAACACGCGCUCGGGUCGAAACUGCUCCGCGUGGCUGUUCGGUUCGGAUUAAAGGCAGACCGGAGCGCGUGAGGCGCGUCUGAUCAGAUUAAAAAGACCGACAGCUCCAGACACCGACGGCGUGACGUCACUGGUGCGAGUAGAAAGAGCUCACAGACGCGGUCUCCAUCCAUGCAGUGGUGCUAAAGUAAAGAUGGAUGACAGGAGUGUUCAGGUUGGAGAGAAUAAAUACAUCAGCAAGAGCAUUUUCCUCGCCCAUCUGAAAACCUACAACCUCUAUUAUGAAGGACAGAACCUGCAGCUGAGACACCGAGAGGAAGAAGGCGAGCUGAUUGUGGAGGGUCUCCUUAAUAUCUUCUGGGGUUUGCGUCGACCAAUCAGAUUGCAGAUGCAGGAUGACAAUGAGAGAAUCAGACCGCCUCCUUCUUCCACAUCCUGGCAUUCGGGCUGUAGCCUGGGCGACCCCAGCACCGAGGCUCAAAAACAGACUGCACCCUCCAUCCAGGUGACCCCACCUGAGAGCCAAUCAGAAAAUGGUUCAACCAACGAGACUGAGGAAGAGGAAGACACGUCUGCUCAGCUCCUGAGAACCAAAAGUGAUGCUGGAGUUUUGAGGCGGAGCAAUAAGCGGUCUCCUAGCGACCAGCGGAGAAUCAGAAGGCACCGUUUCUCCAUUAAUGGUCACUUUUAUAAUCACAAGACGGCCGUUUUCACUCCGGCGUUCGGCUCGGUCACUAAUGUGAGGAUAAACAGCUGUAUGACCACACCUCAGGUGCUGCGUGUCUUACUCAACAAGUUUAAGAUCGAGAACAGUCCAGAUGAUUUUGCUCUCUACCUCGUCCAUGCCAGCGGAGAGCGUAUAAAGCUAAAGAACACCGAUCACCCCCUGGUGUUGAGGAUCCUGCAGGGCCCAUGUGAACAAGUCUGCAAAAUCUUCCUGAUGGAGCAGGACCUGGGAGAGGAGGUCACCUACGAUGUGGCACAGUACAUUAAAUUUGAGAUGCCCGUGCUUCAGAGUUUCAUUACUAAGUUAAAGGAGGAAGAGGACAGAGAGGUACAGAAGCUCAAACGCAGAUAUAAGUAUCUGCGAUGUAUCAUUGAAAAGCAGUUGCAGUGUUUACCUGAUGAUACCAGCUGCAUGUGAAAAGUCCUGCACACUCAUCUCCCCCUCACUGAACCACACAGACCUGUUUGGUGCUCUUUAUCAUCCUGCAGUAGAGCCUGACAUCAGCUUUUCUUCUCAAUGUCUAUGAUUGAUAUGUUCCAUCCUUAUGUGGCUGAUUAGAGCUCUAAUUACAACUGUAUUACUGUAUGAAGUAAUGAAACGUGUUAGUUUAUUAUCGUGUACAGUGAACCGUACUCAUGUUGAAGAGUCUGAACAAGGUGUAGGUGUUGCAUAAGACAUUUAAACAUUCAAAAUUAGGGUGUAAUAGGUUUUAUAGUGGGCUUAGAGAUAGGAAACACCAUGACUGACUAUUUCCCCUGUAUUCUAGUACUGAUUUACAUUCCCUCAUUGACUUCCUCUCACAACAUCAGAGCUCUGCCCGUUUGCUGUAUUUUAGAAGACAGACACUAUCUAUAUAUGCUAUAGCAGAAUAUGGUAAUGAAUGUCACGUCAGCUUUUGUGUACUGAUGGAGUGAUUGUUUUAGUGGGACCACACUUUCUCUCUGCAAUGAGUUAAUAAGCUAACUAACUAGUUAGCGUGCUUAACUAGAUAAGCAUCUAGCUAGUAAAUGUUUCUUUUUUAAAUAAUUAAAUGACCAAAAACACAGAAGUAGUAGUUUGCUACUUUGCUACAAAAUUUGAAAUAUGUCCAUAUAAGUGUUUUGCUAGUUUGUUGUUUGCUUGUUUAAUAGCCACGUGGCUUCUUGUGGGUACUCUGGUUUCCUCUCACCUUUAAAACGAGCAGGUAUUGGAUUGGCUACUGUUGGCUAUAACAAUGAAUGUGUGAGUGUGUGAUACCCUGCAGUAGAUUGGCAUCCUGUUUAAGGUAAAGUUCUGACUAAUAAUAAUUAAUUAGUAAUUAAUAAUUAACUAGUGAAACUUUACUGAUGGUUUGUUUAGGGGUUCCUAAAAGUAAAUAGAGGAAGUCAACGAGUCUUGGAAUGUCGCCACACUUUUAUAUCUGUCGCCUCCUAAUCGCACAAUUUAGAAAAGCACAUUUUAUUAAUCUGGAGUGGGAUUAAUUCUUGCCAUGUGAGAAAUCUCGUAAUGAUAAGCACAAUAAAACUCGACAAAGCGCACUCGUGUUAUUUAGUGCUAACACUUGUAGAAAGUGUUUAUAUGUAGGACCUAGUUGUUGGACAGCUGAACCUGUUUAUGUGAGAGUAUGAAUGUGUGCAUGAUCUUACAUGAAUUAAAGCAAAUUUGUAAUGUUUUUACCUCUUUUUUAAAAAGAAGUUUAUUAUUUUUACACCUUUGCUUCCCUAUUAGUUUGUUUUAACACAUAGAAUUUAGCAUGUCUUUAAUUUUGGCUUACAGUGAUGUCAUUUAAUAGAUCAAUGAUUGUAAAUAAAUGAAAUAAGGAAAACAA